CAUCAUCGACUUCAACAUCUUCAGCUACUGCAAUUAUAAGACCACCUCCUCCUCCWCCACCACCACCACCUCAGUCAUCAUCAUCAAGCUCCUCAACUUCAACGGCAACAGCCAUCGUCUCAGGGGAUAAAUUACCAAAGGGUAAAAAGGUGAAAUCUGAAAAUACGUCAAGGCCCAAAAAYUCGUCGUCUGUUCCUCAAAACGCAUCAUCAACUUCAACAUUUUCAGCUAUUGCAAUAAUGAUACCACCUCCUCCAUCACCACCACCACCUCAGUCAUCGUCAUCAAGCUCCUCAACUUCAACGCCUACAGGCAUUGUCUCAGYGGAUAAAUCGCCAAAGGGUAAAAAGCUGGAAUCAAGCGCCGAGAAUUCUUCAGCUGUUCCGCAAGAGGGCACAUCAACCAAGACAUCUUCAUCGACCACUCAAAAGGGGUCUUCAACUGCCACGGCCACUGCCACGGCCACGGCCACGGCUCAACCUUCACAACCUCAAACGUCGACGACGACAUCGGUGUCAACUUCAACGUCAAUUACACCCUCUUCGAAGAAAAAGGCAAAAAAAGAGCGCGAAAAAAGUUACGAAAAUGCCGUCAACAAAGGAAGAAUAAGUGGAUCCAAAAAAGAAAUUCAUAGUCCAAGUACAACUAAUGGAAGAACUAUACUUAAACGUCAAGCCAACUACAAUCAAGUUUCACAAAAUGCUUUGGGCUCAAAUGCUUUCAGGCCAGUGGUAAAACCACUAAAUUACGCCAGGGUUAAAAACUACCAAGCUUACGCUCAAAGACAAACGUUUCCAUUCGGAGCUGCUAAAUCCGUGGGGACUUUUCUUUCUCCACUGAGGUAUCAYCAAGGAAAUAACUUCCGAAACCUGSUACCAAGGGUCCAGAAUUUCCAGGCAUCUUACUUUCCUAGAGUACAACCUGUCGCCUCAUAUCGAGGCAGUUUCAUUGGUAAACAACAGCCUUCAUCUUUUGUACAGCAAAAGUCAAAGAUUGCACCUUGGAAUUGGAGAACUCUCAAAACGAUGCAAGCUGGAGCAGGUUAUCAAAAGGAUCAACCGGUACCGAUACGAUAUAAUGCUGCUUAUGGUACGAGGACAAAAAUCCCCGGUCCUGCUCUGCCUGUACCUCCACAGAGUACAAGAGUACAGAAACCUUUACAGAAAGGAGAAUCGUGCAAUUUURCAUUGGGAAUGCAGAGCGGAGAAAUUGAAAGUAAACAGUUGACUUCAUCAAGUGACUUUUCAAAGUACCAUACUGCAGCAAGGGGAAGACUAGGAAUCACUCCUGAUAAAAAUGGUCAAGCAGGUGCGUGGUGCGCUGGAAGAAACCAUGUUGAUCGUUUCCAGUAUCUUCAGAUUGAUCUUGGACAGCGYAGACAGAUAUGUCGCGUGGCCACUCAGGGCAUGUUCGAGUUUCCGAUAUGGGUAACAGAAUACGCAUUAGAAUUCAGCAAUAAUGGCCAUAUUUGGGCAGAUUAUACCGAGGAAGGCCAUGAGAAGACUUUCAUAGGGAAUUCCGAUAGCUCUACACGUGUCAGUCAUUUCCUAAAGCAGCCAAUCACAGCACGUUAUGUUCGUUUCAAACCUCGUUCAUGGAAUGGAGCGAGUAUUUGUAUGCGUGCCGAGGUGUACUCGUCACAAGAUCCUGGUUUAAUCUCACAUAAUCUGAACAAAUUAGUUGCAUACCUAAAUUUUGAUGGUGGUAGCGGUGACGAACUGGCCAAGCGAAUGGAGGUAACAAAGAAGUCUGGGGCGUGCGGUGAUUCUGCAAUCAUUCGUGAUGGUGGAACCGUGCUCCUUGAUGCCUCGAAAAUCCAGCCCAAACCACGUGAUGCCAUCACCAUAGCAGCGUGGAUACGAUUGGACGACAUCAAGGGUCAUCAUUCUAUCUUCGAUACUAUUGGUGGUCACUCAAGCCAUGAUGACGGUCAAUAUCACUUUGAAAUAAGCGACGGGAAACUACGCUGGUACCAUAGAAACGAAACAGCCAAUAGGAUCUUCAGUGUGGAAUCAGAUGCUGUCAUCUCUCCAAACACGUGGACACACGUGGCAGGAACCUAUGAUGCACAUACGGGAAUUUCAAAAGUUUUUAUUGAUGGUCACGUGAAUGGUGAAUCCCAAGGCAGCGGUCUGCUGUCACAAGAUUGGGAGAGUCACGCUGGGAUUGGUCAGCACAAAGAUUCGAGGUUUCUAAAUGGAGAAGUGGAUGAAUUUAGGAUUUAUAACUACGCUAUGGAAAAGGAUGGUAUACGAAAGUUGAUGAAAACUUGCAACUAUAACAAAGAUUUUGAGCCAUGCGGCGGAUCUUUGAAUACUCCACGUGGCUCCAUCAAUUCACCUGAUUGGCCAAAUAAUUACAAAGGCGCCAAAUCUUGCACGUGGAAAAUAACAGUUGGCCAGAGAGAUGCUGUAACUCUAAGUUUUGAUUCAUUCAACUUGCAAGAGGACGGUAACUGUGAUAAAUCAAAGCUGAUUGUUAAAGAUGGUGAACAUGGUGAUGAGCUUGGCGAGUUUUGUGGCCUCAACAGUCCAAAGGUCAUGCGUUCAAAUGGGAACGAAAUGUGGAUWCAGUUCACGAGUACACAGCAGGGCGAAGGAAAGGGCUUCCAUUUGUCGUAUCGAACAGAGAGCAAUCCACAGUCCAAAAAAGAAGAAAGGCCACAUCCCGUCAAAAGCUUGAAGUGUUCAGCGUCAACAGAACAACACAAUGUAACACUCGUGGGAGGUAUUAAGGCAGGAUCGUUUAGCGAGGCCCUGGGAGUUGAUAACCUGGAUAUGUGCAUGAGACAAUGCUGUCUCAAGAAAUCUUGUGAUUUGGCGUUCAUGAUUAGCAAGAGUUGCUAUCUUGUAGACUGCUUGAAUGAAGAACUUUGUAAAACUAAGAGUUCCCGUCCUUCUAACAUGAAUCCAACAAUAGUUUAUAUUAAUCAUAUKAAGGAAGAACCACAAGAUGUUCAUACUGGAUUAGCAGACCAGAGUCCUACUCCKCAGGUUCCUCCAACCCCAACCCCAUCACAAUGUCACCACACUGACGUCAUUUACAACGUCACUCUUGUUGGCGGAAUCAAGGCUGGAAAAUUCCACACUUAUGGACACAUGAAUAGUAUCGACGACUGUAUACGUCACUGUUGUCAUGACAAUAAGUGUGACGUAGCAUUUAUGAUACAGAAUAAUUGCUACAACGUCGAGUGUGAGGAUCGCUUAGGAUGUCAGAUGAAGAGAGCUAAYGCAUCGACGUAUAAUCCAACGAUUGCGUACGUCUAUAGGGGAAACAGUCGUCCCGUAGCAGAGCCAUUCAAGAAAGUAGAAAGGCCAACUGGGACAUCAUGUAGUGCGCUCAGUGUCACGCCCACUCUUUACAAUGUGACRCUCAUGGGAGGGGUGAAGUCAGGAGGUUUCACCGAUAAGGGUGCGGUUAACAGUAUGGAUGAGUGUAAGGCCUACUGCUGUGCUGACGAUACUUGCAAUGUGGCUUUUCUUAUAAGGAAAAACUGUUUUCUGGUAGCGUGUAAGAACUAUGAAUUAUGUCGUGUGAAGCAGGCUCUUUCUGAUUACUACCAUCCAAGGCUCUCUUAUGUGAACUGGAACCCACCCGAUGACGAAGUGCGGUCCGAUCAACCAUUCGCCUCGUUAGGAUGCUGGCGGGAUGCGCAAGCGUUUGCUAUCCCUUCAUUAGAAGGAACAGACCCGUUGCUCAUGGAUUCUUAUAUGCAACGCGUUAAACCCAUAGACACAUGUGCAAGCGUUGCUUACAAGCGCGGCUAUAAAGUUUUUGCCAURCAAAAUGGUGGAUCAUGUCUAAGUGGACCUAAGGCAGAUGAAACCUUCAUGGAGUAUGGAGAAUCUGCCGAGUGUAAAUCUGGAAAAGGAGGGGUGGCCGCUAAUGACGUAUAUCGAAUGAACUACGAUGGUUCGUAUUCAAAGGCAGGAUGUUGGAGAGAUUCUGAGUCACGUGCCCUUACAGACCUAGAGCACAAAGACCCCCAUCUCAAUGACGCCUACCAGACCCGUACAACACCACUCCUCAAGUGCGCCAACGCAGCRAAAAAACAAGGAUACCCAGUGUUCGCCUUACAAGAUGGCGGUAGAUGCAUGAGUGGACCCGCAGCUGAGGAAUCGUACAAGAUGUACGGGGUAUCUCGUAACUGUGGUGGGAUCCUUGGAGGCUCCUAUGCUAAUAGCGUCUAUAAGCUGAUUGGAAACUUCGAUCUUCCAGAAGAAAAUAACAAAACAAAUAAUAUAGAAUCWGGCGCCAGUAAAGGCAGUCUCUCAAAGCCAGCAGAUAAGCUCGUUGUCAGUGAAGAUCCAUCGAUUCCCGACAAAACUGCGUCAACUAGUAUGAAAGAGGAUUUUGUGACCAUGAAAAAUGGCCAGCCUCAGAGAAUAGUGUACACUGCAGGCAAAAUCCACUUCAAUCAGACCCUCAAGUACGGAAUAAAGUCAGGAAAGUUCAUGGAUAAAGGAAGAGUUGCUAACAUUUCGCAAUGCACAAGCGCGUGCGGUCGACAACCAGAUUGCGACCUGGCCUUCAUGUUGGGUACGCAAUGCUAUGCGGUCAGCUGUAAAUCAGAACURCUUUGUUCCACAAAGCCGGCGUAUUCAGCGUUCUACAACCCUGCAAUUGUCUUUGUAACGAACAGGAAGAUCUUCUCUGUAGUCAAAAGCAGACAAAAGCGAUGUCAUGUGAGUGAAAUUAAAAAAGACGUCACACUUAUUGGUGGAAUAAAUGCAGGAAAAUUUGAGGAUCUCGGCAAAACGUCUGACAUGAAUUCCUGUAUUAAGCGGUGUUGCGCUAAAAGUACAUGCGACGUAGCAUUCCUUCUUGAGGAUGAGUGUUAUGGAGUAAGUUGCCUUAGCAACGCGCUUUGUAAGACCAGGCAGGCAAAGAAUCCUUGGCGAUAUCAUCCCCAGAUCGCGUACACCUAUCAUGACAUGGGAAACAUGGACUCUAGUCAAGAUCAAGAUCACUAUAAGACGGUAAAUGCACGAUUGCAUGAUGAGCAUGAUCAACAUACUAAAACGGUGUCAAAAACAUUUAUGAAGGCGAUAUUUGACAAUCUUGACAGCCCCUUCGGAAAUGCCACAACUAAUACAUCUAACCAGACUAAGACUGAUAUUACCGCCAACAAGAGCACAAGCAAUGAUAACCUGGACGAUAACAACACCGACAAGGGUGACUAUAAGGUAACCGACCAAUCAAAUGGUCCCGUCCAUGAGGGUUUGACAGGACAAAACAAAACCGAAAACAUAAUGACAGUGAUUGGCCAAUUACAAAAGGUAAUCAACGAAGGCUUGCCAGAAUCUGGCCAAUCACAGGACUCGAUCAAAGGAGGUUCCAACAACUCUGACCAAUCACACAAUGGACGUUUAGUAGGGAUUGACAAAUCCUCGCACUAUAAGGUUACUAUUACUGAACAAGCAGAUAACCCCAAACAUUCAACGAACAAAUUGACUUCUCAACCACAAACAUCCAGACACUCGGAUAGUCAAUCAAAAAUAACAAAAAAUAAAACAGGAACAAGAAGCAAAAGUGAAAAGGAUCAGUCCAAUAACCAGGGCAUGUUUGUCAAUACAAAUCAAGACAUUCAGAAUAAAAUGACUUAUGUUGCUAACACAAAACAACCUGUUGAUAAACCUGUUUACAUUAACUCGAAAAAGACAAAAGUUACAAAAUUUGGAGUACUAACGCAGAUCGAAGCACAGGAAAACAUUGAAAAACACAAACACAAACAACCAAAACACCAUAACAAGCUUGGUCUGGUGGUGUUAGGUCCACAUAGUGACAAUGUAGUUGUAAAACCUAUAAAAAUAYCUAAUAACGGUGCAUGGAAAGGAUGGAGACAGGGACAUACUAUUGACAUGGGUGGACUAAAGAAAAUCAAACUACAGAAAGGGCAUGCUGGGAAUGUAUCACCCUUGGUUAUUGCACCAUAUCACCAAGGAAACGUACACAAACCWGCGCAUGCGUACAGACCAGGACAUACCGUAACGCAAAACGAUUCGACACAAAAAUCAAAACCGAAAACUAACCUUUCACUCAAUGGCUUCUCAGCUGUCAAUCAGCCUACAAGUCGACCUAACUCUGGCGGUGUAUGCUGGGACGGUGACAUCGCUUAUAACAAGACGUUGGUUGGAGGAAUCAAUGCUGGKGUGUUUAAAGACAAUGGCAAAGCUACUACCAUGGACAUGUGCAUGCAAUUCUGCUGCAAAAGACAAGACUGUGACUUGGCUUUUAUGAUUGAGGAUGAUUGUUAUUCAGUAGCUUGRUCCAAUCCCUCCUCYUGUAAGACGCGCACAGCAAGACCAACACAGUUCUAUCCGCGCAUCUCAUACACUCGAAAAUUUAAGGAGUUAAUGUCAAAAGAAGCAACUGACUUGGUGUCAUCUUCUGUCUCUCCGACACUUGCAACAACAACAUUUCAGCCCAGUACAACUCCAACAUCCAAUCCUACUAUUUCGAGCAGCUUUAUGUCGAGUACAACAGGUCUGCCCACUGUAAGCCCUACCGUCCGCGUACAGCACUCGUGCGCUGCUACGCCAACCAAAUACAACGUCACGUUAAAGAUGGGUCUUCACUCCGGUCUGUUCACCAAYAUGGGUCGUGUAGACUCYAUGGAUGAUUGUAUUGAAUUAAARUGUAAACAGAGCAAGGCCGAUGUGGCUUUUAUGAUGGGCACACAUUGUUUUUCYGUGCAGUGCUACAGCAAUGACUUAUGUAAGACUGAGCCGGUCUUUGCUACGAGUUUCUCGCGCCUCAACUUGCGGCCAGCAGUUUCGUUCUUAAAGAAGAAUCUAGGAUCUGAAGGAACUGCCCUCGCUUUACAAGAUAGUCCGCGUGAAACGUGCUUGGAAAGUCCAAUUACGUACAACGUCACGUUACGUGGCGGUAUACAUUCGGGUCAUUUUGUUGAACGAACUGAUGUGAGUAACAUGCGAGAUUGCAUUGGUCAGUGCUGUGAUGCAACAUCGUGUGACCUCGCCUUCAUGUUUGGUAAUCGUUGUUAUUCUGUCACGUGCAAAAGCGAGAAAAACUGUCAGGCCGUCUUAGCGAAACCAACCAAUUUGGAGCCAAGAAUAGCUUACAUGACAAGGAACACUGCGCCUAGUAAUGACGGAGUGAGUUUGGCUGAGGCAGAGGACGACACUGUACAACCUCACUGCCACGCAGAUGACAUGGCAAAAUCAGUGAUUUCAAGAAACAAAACUCUSGUUGGUGGUCUUGAAGCGGGAACAUUCAAAUUCCUCGGAAAAGUCAAAGCAAUGAGUGUUUGUAUGCACAAGUGCUGUGCGAGGUCUAAUUGUGAUCUUGCUUACCUAAUCGARAAGAAUUGCUUCGCUGUCCACUGUUUCUCGCACGAACUUUGCAAGAUAUCCACUGCGCCGUCUAURACUAAUGGCGACGUGGAAAUWUCAGCCAUGAGAAAGACUAUAAAGAAAGAGGAAUUGCCUGAGGAUAGUCAUUCUGUUGUUGUUUAUAUCAUUGUUGGAGCACUUAUGUUUGCUGCGGGGCUUGGUGGAAUAGUAUGGGCUGUCUGCAUGUUUUUAAGAAGACAUCGACUAAGACAGCGAAAUCGUAAUAGAAGACCUUCAGAGGGAUAAAAUAUACUCAACAGGGAAAGUGAAGAACCGAUCUACGGCCCUUACAGCUGGCUUGUUGAAAGAUGACCAGGCACUGGCAUGCCAUCAGCUCUGGCAACAAUGACCACGAUUUGUACAAAUUUGUAUUAUUUUACUCCAGGAAUAGUAUACAAGGGUGCAUGGAAAGGGUCUUUUAUACAUUAAUAUAAAUCAACUUAGAUUCAAAUUUUAAUCUUUUGGUGCACUGAAUCUAUAUUCAUGGUGAUCAUUAUUAUAAGAUUUACCAAUUGAAACUAUUUAUUUAGUAACUAUUUGUUAGAUUUUUGACCAAGUUUUUCAUUUUUUUAACCACUCCAUCUAUUUAUCCAUCUAACAAUCACCCAUCUAAUUAUCAUCUAACAUCUAACACUAUUUGUUAGACUUUAGAUGAACAAAAUUUUCAUUUUUUUAAACCACUCCAUCCUUUUGUCAAACCAUACUAAUCCAUUCAUAUUACACCAAAAUAGGUUUAAUGCAUUAAAAUAACCACUUUAAAUAGUCCUUCAUGUAUAAGGUACAUGUACAAAAUAUGGACCUAGUUUAGCCAGCCAUCUUGAGAGUUAUCAUUGUAUAUGGUUACUUCAACUAUUUAGACAUCAUUCAUCUUAAGAAUGCAAUACACACUUCUAGAAACACGAAGUAUACAAAAAUGUGUUUUCUGCAUAUUAUUAGACGUGAUUCAUAGUGAUUUUAGACCACACCUCAUACUACAUCUAAAUACAUUGUACUUGUUUAUUCUUUUGUACAAAAAUUAAAUAAAUUUUAUAUCAAAUCUA